GCAAUGCUGCGGCUCAAGUUUACCUCGGCUUGGGCGAUCGUGGUGCCGGGACACUCAUGAUGAGAACGCACGAGGCCGCGGGCUCUGCCCUACUACUGCUUCUUUGCUCAAUGCAAAGGCGAGCACUCAACGAAGUAAAAGUAACCCAGCAGCAUUAACUGGGAGAUACCGAUAUGAGGUAGCACCCACGAGCCUAUCGCUAUACCCUCAUCGUCAACCGCUCGGUCAUCUCGGCAGCCACACACGAAGCCAGCCAACUCCGUCGAUACUCACCAAACCGCAGCAAUGGCUGCAAAAAACGAAGUGCCGCCAUGGGGAUUGGCGAUCGCAGGUUCGACCGGCGCCGUGCUAGCAAAUGCCCUCGUCUACCCGCUCGACAUCGUUAAGACGAGACUACAGGUACAGAUCAAGCAACACAAGCUCGACCCACCUCGGGAUGCGCUAGACACAACGCACAAGCACUACGAAGGCACCAUCCAUGCAAUCACGUCCAUCCUAGAAGACGAGGGCUUGGUCGGCCUAUACAGCGGCAUGGCGGGCAGCUUGCUCGGCGUCGCGAGUACUAACUUCGCGUACUUCUACUGGUAUAGCACCGUACGGACCCUGUACCUGAACCGGGUAAGUCAGGGGAAGCAUCCAAGCACGGCGGUCGAGCUCGGUUUGGGUGCAGUAGCGGGCGCAUUGGCACAGCUGUUCACGAUCCCGAUUGCUGUCAUUACCACACGACAGCAGACUCAGCCGAAAGGUGAAAAGAAGAGUAUGCUUGGGACGGCCAAGGAGGUCAUCGAUGGCGAGGAUGGUUUCGCGGGACUUUGGAGAGGUAUUAAGGCGAGCUUGGUCUUGGUCGUGAAUCCCGCCAUCACCUAUGGCGCGUAUCAGCGGUUGAGAGAGGCGAUGUAUCCGGAUGAUCGAGCAUUGCAGCCUCACCAGGCUUUCUUACUCGGCGCUCUUUCCAAAUCACUCGCUACAAUCGUGACGCAACCCCUCAUUGUUGCCAAAGUAGGACUGCAGUCGCGUCCACCCCCGGCACGACAAGGCAAGCCUUUCAAGUCCUUCCUUGAAGUAAUGCAAUUUAUUAUUGAGAAGGAAGGCCCGCUCGGGCUAUACAAGGGCGUCGCGCCACAGAUCGUAAAAGGUAUAAUGGUGCAAGGUAUUCUCAUGAUGACGAAGGAGAGGGUGGAGCUGCUGUUUGUGCUGCUCUUCAGAUAUGUCAGAAAGAUGCGGAGAGAGCAGCUCGAGCAACUUGCUGCUUUGGCAGCGAAGAAGGUGGAGGAGGCGAGAGUUGCAGUGACGAAGACCUAGAUCUCGAACGGAGCCGGUUACAGUCGGACGAGUCCCAGUGUCCGGCGUUUGGCGAAGUGUCGAUUGCAUAUGUGCAGGCUUGGAUCGCUUUCGGAGCGUUACUGGGGUAUAUACAUUGUACAUGAAUAUGGUGCCGCUUAUUUGCACCUGGAAUCGGAGAUCAAGUUUAUGCUGGCUGACUUGUCUUCAUGACAGGCUUCACUUCUUGCUCGUCUUGACUUCCUCUUCUAUGCUUCGCACGUACCCUUCUAAUCGCUGCACAGCUGCUUGUAGUGCCUGCCGGUCCGUCAGUAAGCGUCGAGGCUGCGCAUUAAUAAUCACCCUAG